CCUGCUAACUCAUAUGUGCAAUUGUAGGUAUUCACUGUAUACAUAGGUUUGAAUUGUUACUGAAGAAAAUAUGGAGAAAAGAACUGUUGAAGUUCGUGGCUCAAAUGGAGCUUUUUACAAGGCUUUUCUUACUGAUGUUUUACCAGAUGGAAUUACAGUUACCUUUGAAAACAAUUGGCAAGCUGAACGCAAGAUAAGUUUAGCUGAAGCAAGGUUUGCCCCAACAUCCAUGGAUUUGUUGAUUCCAGAUGAUGAAGAAUUACAAGAGGGACAAGACGUUGAGGUCCACACACGAGCCAAUGAUGUUGAACCCUGUGGAUGGUGGUUAGCGAAGGUUAAGAUGAGCAAAGGAGAGUUUCAUGUGAUCGAGUAUCAAACAUGUGAUCCGAAACAUACGGAAAUUGUGACGCGCGAUCGACUUAGAAGGGUCAACAAACACCCUCCCUUCUCUGCUGCACCACUUCUAAAAAUCUCACUACCAGUUCCGGAGGAUUUACUGCAAUUUUGUGCAAAAUAUGUGGAAGCACACAAGGAGUUUGAAAAGAGCACGGAUGCGAUUAUGGUCGUGUUUCGACAAGACACAAAAUGUCUCGACGUGAUCGUACCAACUGAAUCAUCCCGAAGACGAGCUUCGAUAGUUUCCGAUCUUCACUUUCGUAGUCUACGAACCAAGUUAUCGAUGUUACAACGAGUGGAAGACGCAGCCAAACAACUUGAGAUGAGUCAACAGCGAGCCAGUUCAUGCAGCGAACAUUUCCAUGUGAGUGAGGAUCUUGUUGGACUGGCUAUCGGUACAAAUGGUGCAAAUAUUAUCGCUGCCCGUCGUAUUGUGGGCGUGUUGGACAUCAUAUUAGAUGAAGAAACACAUUACUUCACGGUGUAUGGUGAGACUAAAGAUGCCGUGAAGAAAGCACGUGAGAUGUUGGAAUAUACCGAAGAGGAAGUUCUUGUGCCACGAGCGUUUGUUGGUAAAGUGAUCGGGAAGAAAGGGGUCACUAUCCAGGAAAUGAUCGAUAAAUCUGGAGUUCUUCGUGUGCGAGUGAUCGGUGAUGAUGAGAAUGAUCCCGACCACCGGGAGGACGGACUUGUGCCGUUCCGAUUCGUGGGGACACGUGAAAGCAUCAGGAACGCACAAGCACUUGUGGAUUACCAUGUUGCCUAUUUGAAGGAUCUCGAUAAUCUUCGCCUCGAACAAAUGAACCUCACACAGCAGAUACGACAACUAGGUGGCGGUAGUGGGGGAGGUCCGUCACCAGCAUCGUCGCACAUGUCGUUGAAUAGCCUGCCACCUCGUGGUGAGGAUGAAGCACGAAGAUUACAACGAAACAACCGUCGCGAUCGAAGGAAAUAUUUAGAUAAAGAUGGUGGAGCAACCAACUCCGAGUUAUCGAAUGUUUCCGAUACUGGUUCGGAGACCGGCAAUGAUUCAAUGGCUGAGGGGAAACCAUUGACACGCAGAGAAUAUGGUCCCGGUGCAGAUCCACAAUAUAGAAGAGGUUAUAAUAAAAGAGGCAGCCCAUCGUGGCAGGGAGGUUAUAAUCAUGACAAUCGCCAACCAAGUUUAAGAAACACAAUCCUCUCCGAUCCAAAUCGCAACCCCUUCGAUUUACUUGACGCUGAUGAAACUGCCACAGGCAGCGACGCAAAACCAAGCGAAAACAUUUCUCACGCAGGCGGUUAUCGUGGCCACCAAGCUACAAACGGAGACGUCGAUUCUCGCGAUCAAACAAAGAUAAACGGAAGUGUUGCUGAUUCUUCAGAUGGUUCAACUCGUGGCAAGGGCAAGCGUGGUCGAGGUAAGAAUCGGGGAUCUUCAAAUCAUUCAACAAGUGACAGGGAAAACUCUUCUUUUGAACAAGACUUUCCUCCUCUCUCACAUAACGAAGAUUCGAGCGCAACACUUAACUCAACCAAACCUGAUUUGAAAGAUACAGAUUUAAGUAAUAAGAUUAAAAGUGAUGAACCAUCAGUAGGUGAUGCUAAACCACAACGUCAGCAACGAAAGAAGCCGGUUGCUAACGGUAACAACCACGAUGUCGCUACUGUGUGACAUCAUAAUAAACAUCAUAUGUGAAGCGAGACAUUUGUUGCACGAAACAAAAACUAACAACACCUUAUUUAUUCUAAAGCCAAGUUAUCGGUGCCUACCUAAACAAUGCAUAUACAUUAGUAUAGUGGUGUUGUAGUUACAACUCGCCUUGAAAUAUCUUGAAGCCGCUUAUUAUUAUUAUUGUGAAAUCCACAAAACUUCAAACAAUUCUAUUUUUGAUUUCAAGUUUUUUCUUAUAUGUACCAACCAAUGUGCUAAAUACCAUGUUCUGUUCAACACGCUUUUUAUCUUUCAAAUUUUACACUUUCUGUCAGAGUGCUGAUGUUUACACCAGAGUACAAGUUACUCUCUAUUUCACUUUCUUCAUUUCUUAUUCAGUUUCCGGGUAUAAUAAACUUUUUCAUAGUAUGGUA